CUUACAGUCUCUCAUGUGAGCAGUAUAUGAGUUUAUUUCACAUGUGUAUCAGUGUUUACAGGAAUUAUAUUAAUGAAUAUAAUUGAAGAUUUCAUUGUGUCUUUGAGUGGCUAAUAGAACUCUAAAUGUAGAUCUCAGAUAGAAUGACCAGUGAUUGAGUCAAUAUAACCUGCAUGAGGAGGACAGUAUGUGAUUUUGAUUCAGAUGUUCUGUUCAGCAGUAGACCACAGCAGAUAGGGGUGUAACGAUAUUCAUACCAAUCCAAAAAAAUGCGAUACACCACCCAGGGGUUUACAGAGGUGGUCCGAAAAAGAGGAAAUAUCCAGUGAGCGGCAGUUCAGUGGGUGAAGACGCCCUGUUGAUGCCAGAGGUCAGAGGAGAAUGGCUGGACCGGUUCAGCUGAUAGAAAGGCAACAGUAACUCUAAAACCGAGGUCUGCAGAAGAGCAUCUCUGAACAUGUUCAACCUUGAAGCAGAUGAGCUCCAGCAGCAGAAGACACACCGGUGACACUGAGAAUAGCAAACUGAGGAUACAAUUCACACGGACUCACCAAAACUGGACAAUAGAAGACUGGACAAACAUCUGGUCUGAUGAUUUAGGAUUUCUGAGAUUUUCUUUUUUUCAGAUUUUCUGAGUCAAGAUCUGCAAUGUACUCCGUCAAAGUUCUCCUCCUGAUUUCCUUUAUUGUGCCAUCUCAGAGUGAAAUGCACUCUCUGUACUACAUGUACAGCGUCAUAUCAAAAUCUCAGAUGUCUGGAGAAGUGUUUGAAUUCUACACCUCAGUUGAACUCAAUGACAUUCAGAUGAGUUUGUGUCACAGUGUGAAUAAAGCAGAUUUCAUGACUCAGUUGUGUGAGGAAUCUGAGAGACUCUUUAAUGAAAGUGAUGAUCUGCAUUAUAAACAACAGUGGCUUCAGAUCAACCUUAAAACACUGAUGAAGAGGAAGAACAGCACACGGGACACAGUUGGGGAUCUUCAUGUUCUUCAGUGGAGGCACGGCUGUGCAGUUGAACGUCACUCUAAUGGUUCAGUCAUGUUUCUUCAAGGCACUGAUGAAUACGCCUAUGAUGGCCAGAUCUUGACCUUUGACCUCUCAAAUCAAUGGAAGCCUUUAGUCCUUGACCAUGACAUCAUCUGGAACAGAGAAUCAGUUUCCAGCCUGGAGAGGAAAUGUGUGAAAACGUUAACCAGCUUCAUUGAUCUUCAGCUUGAGGGAAAGUUCAUCAUGAAAUGUCCAAAGACGGCCUUUGGCUUUAUACCCACUCUGGACUCAGAAAGAAGCCCACUGUGGGCGCGGGAUGCAGUAAUUGGAUCUGUAGUUUGCAUUUUGAUUAUUUUCCCCAUGAUUGUCCUGACAUUUUAUCAACUGAGAAAAUAUGGUAAACAUCCAAAAGAGCAGGACACACUGAAGACACCAUCACUGCAACUAUCAGCGCUUCAUAAAACACAGAUGAAACCAGAACUGUUGGAGGAAUCAAGAGCAGAAAGAUGUGCAGAUUUGACUGAUGCUUUAAAUGAUUCAGAUGAUGAAAACACCACAGAUCCCAGAAUGGAGGAGGAACACACUGAGGAGGUUCAUGACACUCAAAGUCUUUGUGACACUGAAGCGACUCCAGCAGCAGCUCGAGGUGCAAUGGGCUCCAAAAUCAUCUCUCUGCCUAACUUUGCUAUGGAGAGAGAAGACACUGAUCAGAACACAUUUACCCAGAAUGCUCUGCUGUUGCCACCGCCUAGACGUUGCAGAUCUAAGGACAUUUCACUGCCAAACCUCAUUUAAGACAGAAAGGACUCCAGUGACUCCAGUUAGAAGAUCAAGCAGUUCCUCGUUGUUCAGGUUGAAUCAGAUGUUCCUUCCUUCCAUCAUCAGGAGGAGGUUUCCACAUCAACACAGCUUUUACUCUACAGACAAUCAGACACUGUAUUAACUGCAUGAGCAGAUGUGGUCAGGAAACAUGAUGGCAAUAUUAACAACACACACCUGCACCAACACACACCUGCUCUCUGUUUCAUCUGUAACUUUUUCUGAGCAGAUUUCUGAGACUGUUUUAAAUUCAUGUUCCUCAUAAUCUUGAAUCAGAAUCUCUUGCAGCAUCUCUUCUCUUCUCUGAAGAUGAGGGCGGGGCAACCUGUCACUCACAUGAGAUCCACCAAUAGCAAACCACAACCAUCCAAUCAAUUCCCCACAGACAAAAUCAAGCCCCACCCUACAUUUGUUCUUGUUCCAGAUGCGUUUUACUCAGAUAUACAUAACGAUAGAGAAGAAAAGACUAGCGCAACUUCUGUUUCAUGCAAACUUUGAGGAAACUUGAAGCUAAAUUUAAUCCUCAUACUGUUCCUUUAAUGUUAUUAUACUUCACUUAGUUUACUGACAUCAUACUGAGUCAUGGAAACCCUGUUCAUAACAGGGAGUUUUUAAAGAGUGUUUUUUAUGCCAGGAAAAGGUUUAUUUUUUUUUUUUUUUUUUUUUUUUUAACAAUGUUGCAUUUUACAGUGAAAUAUGGAACAUUGUUAAAACAAAAAAACUUUGCUCAGCUCUAAAACAUUUUAUCGACUCAUUGUACUCUUUUUCGUAUUACACGUUGCUUGUACAAUCAUGUAUUCAAUGCAGGGUUUUUUUUUUCCGUUACUUUUUGUGCUGUAAGCAGUUGUAAAUAUAUUGUGUAUUUCUUAGUCAUGCAUAAACCAUUUGUUACGUUAAGCAGUAGAAUUAUCUUUCUGCCUGUCAUGUAGCCUUUCAUAAGCAGUUUGAAGGAUUUUACUGUAGAUUUCAUGUUUUCUCUUAAUCGGAGCAGAGAUGAACCAUAGACAGUAUUAUCUAAGAGGUUUGUUUCUUCGUUUCAUUUUAUUUAGUAGUUUUUUAUCAAUGUACAGUAUUGAUUUCUUAAUGUAACCAGCAGAGGGCAGCAUGAACCUGAGAGACAAGAAUGUUUAAAGAACCCUGGAAAUUAAAGGUCUUUGGCUUUUAUUCUGUGUAUGUAGCUCUGAAAUCAUCUAUAUUGUGUAUUGUCCUAAUAAAAGUAACCAAAAUCCUGUGUA